UUUAACUUUAAACCCUAAGUCUAGAUUAGUAAACCAUAGAGUAUAAAUGUAUAUUUACCCUUUAAUAAAAUUUCUUUUGGUCAUUUUUCCCUUAAAAACUAUUUUUUUGAAAAUAAACUAAAAAAUGCUAUAAUAGAAAAUUUAUCAAUAUAUCGUUUCUUCAUUUUUCCAAACUCACUCCUCCAUAAACAUGGACAAGUUUUUUCUUUAUCAGUCUAACGAUAAGUAAAAAAAAAAUGAAAUUCGUUUUGCCAGUUAAAGUUAUUUAAAAUUUAUUUUAGUAAUAAGAUAUGUAUUUUCUUUAUUAAUUUUUAAAAACAAAUAUAUUUCAUACAUCAGUCACAAUAAAUACUUGUUUGGAGAUAGUCUAUAUCCGUUCCUUAAAUUGUUACAUUCAUAUUUCACCAGUCACAACCUCCUUUUUGUGUUGUGCACGUCGUGAGAACAAGAAAGUGGAAAAGAGUGCCUGUGGAGACUAUAAUCCGAUUUACAGAAACAAAAACAAAAACAAAUGGUUGUACCAGUCAACUCUCUCGAGGGAGGUGUUGUGUUCCGUGCAGUCAAAAUGUCACACAAAAUCUAUCGAGGGAGGUGUUGUGUCCCGUGCUGUCAAACACAAGCCUAUCCAGUGCCUUCUUUGAAUAAAAAACUCGCCUACAUUUUUAUUUUAUAUCUUAAAUUCUGACUCUUUAAUCACAAAAUAAAAACAAUUAAAAAUAAUUACAAAUUAAUAAUAUGAACGAUCUUUUAAAUUAUUCAAUUAAUAUAAAAAUAUCUGAAUGCAAUCUUUAAAAUUGUUCAAAAUAAUAUUUACAAGGUUCAUAAUUAUUUAGAAGCAAUUUUAGAGAUUUAUCCUUUUCAUAUAUCUUUAUAUUUAUUUAAAUUUUUAAUUGAUCAUUAGGUUUCUACAUGGGUAGAAUUGAGAUUUUUGGAAUGCUAAACAUUUAAAAAUAUUACUAAACAAAUAUUUUUAUAAUUUGGAAACCUACAUAUAUGUAUAUAAUUUUUUAAAAAGUUUUGAGGAUGAAAAUGGAUGUUUCAUUGAAUUGUGCACAGAUCCGGUCUUAGGUUUAUAAAAACUCUAUUCAUAUUUUUCCAUUUUCUAGCCAGCUCAUUAAGUGUUUUUUUUUUUAAGAUGGUUCCAACAAUUAUAAUAGAGACUUCCAUUGUUCUCAGCUUGUGUAUCUUUCGAACAUCUCAAAAAACUAAGAAGAAAGAAAACCCUAUAGUUUUUUUAAAAAACAAUAAAGUCGACGAUGACGGAGGUAAGAGUAUUAUCGGCGUUAGAUGCUACGAGGAUACAAUUGUAUCAUUUCAAGGCCAUAAUCAUCGCAGGAAUGGGUCUAUUCACCGACGCUUACGACCUCUUCUGUAUAGCUCCGGUCUUGAGCAUGCUCAGUGAAAUCUAUUACAAGACAGAUUCAAUCGGUACACCACUUCUCUCCACCUUUUACGUCAUAGCUCUCCUCGGCGCCGCCUUAGGCCAGCUCUUCGUCGGCUAUUUAGGCGACCGUCUCGGACGCAGAAGAGUCUACGGUAUAUGUCUCAUGAUCAUGGUCUUAAGCUCCUUUGGCUGCGGGUUCUCCGUCUGUACCACUCGCCGGUCUUGCGUCAUGGCGAGUCUUGGAUUCUUUAGGUUCGUACUCGGGCUAGGGAUCGGUGGAGACUACCCUCUCUCCGCCACGAUCAUGUCGGAGUUCGCUAAUAAAAAGACGCGUGGGUCUUUUAUCUCGGCCGUGUUCUCCAUGCAGGGGCUAGGCAUCUUGAUGAGCUCCGCCGUUACGAUGGCUGUAUGCGCGGCGUUUAAGAACGCCGGAGAGGGUAGUUCAGAGAAAAUAAGAGCGGAGGAAUCGGAUAUUGCAUGGAGGCUGAUUCUGAUGAUCGGUGCUAUUCCCGCCGCUUUAACGUUCUACUGGCGGAUGCGCAUGCCUGAAACCGCCAGAUAUACAGCAUUAGUUGAGAAGAAUGCUUUUCAAGCAGAAAAAGAUAUGCAAAAAGUCAUGUCCAUAUACAAAGUAUCUCAAGUAGCUGAAGAUUCAUCAUCGGAGACACCACACCCACCACCGUCUACUUCUUCUCACUCCUCCUACAAACUCUUCUCUAGACGUUUCUUCAUCCUCCACGGCCGUGACCUCUUCGCAGCCUCAGCCAAUUGGUUCCUAGUGGACGUGGUUUUCUACACAAGCAACCUCCUCCUCUCUCAAAUCGUCAACUUAUCCGACAAACCUGCCAAUAUGACAAAUGUCUACGACUCUGCCUUCGAAGCGGCUAAGGUCGCAGCCAUCGUAGCCGCGUGCUCCACCAUCCCUGGUUACUGGUUCACCGUUUAUUUCAUCGAUAGAAUCGGCCGAGUCAAGAUUCAGAUGAUGGGCUUUUUCUUUAUGGCCGCUGUCUACUUAGCCGCUGGCAUUCCGUACAGUUGGUUUAGGUCUGAGAAUAAUAAGACUAAUGAUCAAGGCUUUAUGAUUCUCUAUGGAUUCAUCUUCUUCUUUAGCAACUUUGGUCCUAAUACGACAACGUUUAUAAUCCCAGCUGAGCUUUUUCCGGCUAGGUUUAGGUCAACUUGCCAUGGGAUUUCAGGAGCUGCCGGGAAGCUUGGAGCUAUUGCUGGGACUGUUGGUUUCUUGUGGGGCACGAAACGCGACGAAGAGCACAAAGACGUUUUCCCUGACGUCAAACGCGUUAGGAUCGCGUUCUUUAUCCUUGGAGGCGUUUGUAUCGCUGGAAUGUUGGUGACGUAUUUCUUCACGCGUGAAACUAUGGGAAGAUCGUUAGAAGAGAACGAAGAGGAAGAUAUUGAUGACAAGGAUGUUGUCUGCUAAUAAGUUAUUUCUUCUCUAAUUUUCCUUGCUUUUAAUGGUUUGAUACUCACAUUCUCAUGUUUACUUAUUUUUCACUUUUAAGUUGGGUGCAUACCGAAGUGGUAUGUAAAUGUCAAAGCUUAAUCAGCAUUUUAUUGAUCAAUUUUCGACUUAUCCAUUUUUUGAAUGAAGGUAAAAUUUUAUUUAUUACAAAAACUUUUGUACAAUAUGUAACAUUGUCUUCAAACACCUUAAACGAAUGAUAGGAAAACUAAUUUUGAGGCUAUGUGAUAUUAAAACAUGAUUAAAUAUGAACAUCACUUAUUUUGGUUUGAAUUACUAGUGUUCCUCUUCAUCCUCCUAAAACCCUUUUCUCCCCAUUUUGGACCCCAAGAGUUAUUCACUAUGACAUAAUUCAUGUCUUUCUUGAUCGGUACCAAACCGAAGCCACACCGUGAUCAAACUCGUCCCCUCACGGCCCAUUAGACACACCCUUCACAUAACCAGGACAAUGAUACAAAACAUCAAUAAAAUAGUAAUCAUUUUCAAGUUGGUUACUGAUAUUUUGAAUAUUGUAAAAGGUUACUGAUUUCUUGAAUAUUUUGUUUUGUAAAGAGUAUGUGUCAUCGAUCGAGAGCAAGACCCAUAGGCACCACUAUUCUAAAAUACGCGUUAUCAUAUUGGUUGGUGAGACAACAUAACAAGACAACAUACCAAAUUCAUUGUGUUCGUUUGAUUACACGGUUCUUCUCAACUUUACUAUUUUCCCACAUUACUUUCUAAUUAACUUUGGAUUAACUCAGACAAAAAGCCACACAUUAUGACGAAAAGAAACAGAUAACCAAACUUUAUUUUAAGCUAUAAUCCAAACUAUAUACGUCAUGCUCUUCAUUUUUCAAACCAAUUUUUCAUUUAGAAAAUGUAUAAACAUAUAGGUUCU